CGAGGGACUCCUAAAGCAGAAAAAAAGGGGCAGGACUCUCAAUUUAGGAGCAGCCGCGAGACUAGCGCGCGCCCUCUCUCUAUGCAAAUCAGGCCUGUAUGCAAAUGAGGCACCGAGGGGCGGGAAAAAAAGGAGAAGGCUCGGUGCUCGCCCACAAGCCCAAGCGGCCACAAGCGCCGCGCCAGGAGCGACAACAACAGGGGCGGCCGCGACACGUGUGCGACGCACCAUGGAGUUUGAGGAGCUGGGCAUCGGGGAGGAGUGCGGGGUCUUCGGAUGCCUCGCCGCCGGGGUUUGGCCCACCGAGCUGGACGUGCCGCAUGUGAUCACGCUGGGGCUGGUGGGGCUGCAGCACAGGGGCCAAGAGAGUGCUGGAAUUGUGACAAGCGAUGGAGAGUCAGCGCAUUCAUUCAAAAUGCACAAGGGAAUGGGUCUGGUUAAUCAUGUUUUCAGUGAAGAUAGCCUGAAGAAGCUGUAUGUUUCCAAUCUUGGGAUUGGGCACACAAGAUACUCAACCUCCGGAGUCUCUGUCUUGGAUAAUUGUCAACCAUUUGUGGUGGAAACACUGCAUGGGAAGAUUGCCGUAGCUCACAAUGGAGAGCUGACAAAUGCUGGGCGACUGAGGAGAAAGCUAAUGCGCCAUGGGGUGGGACUCUCCACCAGUUCUGACAGUGAACUAAUCACUCAGCUGCUGGCAUUCACCCCUCCGUUAGAGCAAGAUGAUACACCAGAUUGGGUAGCAAGGAUCAAAAAUCUGAUGAAUGAAACGCCAACUUCCUACUCAAUUUUAAUGAUGCAUAAAGAUAUCAUCUAUGCAGUACGCGACCCCUAUGGGAACCGACCACUCUGCAUUGGCCGUCUGGUUCCAGUAGGAGACCUGAAUAAAAAAGGGAAAAAAUACGCUGAAACUGAAGGAUGGGUCGUGUCUUCAGAAUCCUGCAGCUUUUUAUCUAUUGGUGCAGAGUAUUACCGGGAAGUCAUGCCUGGAGAGAUUGUGAAGAUAUCUAGAAACGAAGUACAGACACUGGAUGUUGUGCCAAGGCCAGCAGGAGACCCAGCUGCAUUCUGUAUUUUUGAAUAUGUGUACUUCGCACGACCGGACAGCAUUUUUGAAGGUCAAAUGGUGUAUUCCGUAAGAAGGAGAUGUGGUCAACAGCUUGCUAUUGAAGCCCCAGUGGAAGCCGAUUUGGUUAGCACGGUCCCAGAAUCAGCAACGCCUGCAGCACUUGGCUAUGCACAAAAGUGCGGAUUACCAUAUAUUGAAGUAUUGUGCAAAAACAGAUACGUGGGAAGAACUUUCAUUCAGCCAAAUAUGAGGUUAAGACAACUCGGCGUAGCCAAAAAGUUUGGGGUUUUGUCAGAUAACUUCAAAGGAAAGCGUGUUGUUCUCAUUGAUGAUUCCAUUGUGCGAGGCAACACAAUUUCGCCCAUAAUUAAACUAUUGAGAGAAUCUGGAGCUAAAGAAGUACACAUUCGUGUAGCUUCACCUCCAAUUAGAUUUCCUUGUUACAUGGGCAUCAAUAUUCCAACAAAAGAAGAACUUAUUGCCAACAAGCCUGAAUUCCAUGACCUGGCCAAUUACAUCGGAGCUGACAGCGUGGUCUAUCUCUCAGUAGAAGGAUUGGUUUCAUCUGUGCAAGAGAGUAUCAAAGCAAGACAAGACAAUGAAAACAGCUUGAAGACAAACAAGUACCGGGCUGGGAAAAUUGGCCAUUGCAUAGCCUGCCUUGUUGGAAAAUAUCCCGUCGAGCUGGAGUGGUGAAUUUCCUGAACACAAUUGCCAAUCAAUUCAACAUUUGGGACUGAUUAAAUGUAUCGCUCACUAGCAAACAAGUUAUGAAACCACUCAUGUUUUAGUCAAAGCGUUUUCUAAGGAUGGUGAAGAACUAAGGAUAAAAAAUAAACAAUGCAAUAUGAAACAUUAGCUCUGUAACUUUGGGGCUGGAGAAUUGAGUUUCUUAAUUCCUUAGCUGGCUAAUCUUGCCAAGACAAUUGGAGUUCUCCUCAGGCUUUCGUUCAGAAUAGUAGUUUCUCACAAAUAACAUUAUGAGAGAGGCUGUGAGCCAUUAAGCCUUCUCAAAUUUUAAACCGUGAUCAUCCAGAGUUAAAACGUUAUGUAAAAAAGCCAGUUCUUGCAUUUAACUGUUUUCACAUAAUUUUUUAUUCAGCUGUUUGCCUUCUUUGUUUUGGAAAAAAAAUGAAGUAAAUGUCUGUAUUUUUUUGCUUAUAUAACUAAAGCUAUCUGUUAUAACUUGAUUCCAAAGAGAUCAAAUGUUAUUUUUGUACAAAGCAUUUCUGAGACUUCGAGACUCAGGGAAAUACUAAACCAAAACUCGCUUAAUACCUUGAGCCUGCACGAUUUAAACGUCUGGAAAUACACUGCGUUUAAGUGCUUUCGUUGUAUGCUAGGGAGAUGUGACAGGGAAAAUUAGGCAGGUUGAUAACCGACUUUGGAGUGCUGUGAUUUAGAGAUUAAAAGCUAAUUUUCUCCAUUAUGUUCUUUCACCUUGAAUACAUACUUAGCUGUAGUGUGAAUAUUUGCAAGUGAGUUUGCAGAAAUGACAUUGAGAAAAAUAACGCACAGACUUGUAAUAGAGAAUUUUAACAAAUGUAGUAUUUUAAUGUAAUAUAUAUUACUGCCGUGCUUGGUAUUUUUGUGGCUUUUGUUAAUGUUCUGUUUGUGUCCUCUUUACAAGAAUGCUAAUCUGGCUAUCUGUGGUUUGAAUUAGAAUUGCCAGCAAUUUUAACCCGAUGCAGAAAUUAUUGCUGCUACUUCUUUGUCUUUGUAUAUGUUUUCUAUACAUACGUUUUUCCAGCUGAGUACUCAAAAGUGAAACAUUCUAGAACUACAUAAAUAUAUUGGAGGAAAACGUGUAUCUACCCUCAAUGUGCUCACUGAAAUAGGCCUUCCAUCUAUACAUUCAAUUCUGUUCUGACCACCCCAACAGUAUGAACGUUGUGUAUGUUUGGCCACCUGAAUGUAUGGACACGGCUAAAUUUUUUCUGUCUGCAGUUUCUUUCUGCGGGUGGGCAAAGUCAUGUAAUGUCCCCAAUCCUUUUGUUUGCUUUUUUUGCUUCUUUCCAGGCUCCCCAUGUGAUCCUUUCUUUCUGCCUUUCUGCAAAACAGGAUUGUCUCCCCUGGAAAACUCCAGGAAGGACAGAUCACUUUUUGCAUGGCCCCCUACACACAGAGACACACCACUUUUUCUGCAGUUUUUAAUAUAAUACGUUGUGCAUCCCCAUCGCCAAAGGGGCCACUCCCGAUAGCCAUGCAAUAACAGCCACAAGUGUGUAUCUUUAUUUCAGGUUCCCAAGCCUGUCUUCUUCAGUUACUUCAUCAUUCUGAAAGCAUCAUUGAUCUGCAGUAGAAAGAUUUCAGGGAAACUAUAUUGCCGACCAGAUGAUAUUAUGGAUGGAGCUGGAAUAAUAGCAGUGAUAAGUUGUUCUGAAAUCCAGCAACUAUUGUGUUUUAGCGGGUAAUAAAAUGAACUACCAGGGCCAUGAGGAUGCAUAAAUGCACAAAAUACAACAUAGUUUGUGCUGAGUAAAUUGAUACUUAAUGGUCACAUUAUAAAACAAAAACGUAUCAGUCUUGUAAAGCAAUAUCAGAGAGACUCUUUUUAAGUAAUUGGCUUUGAACUUCGAUAGAUUUUACCAUUUGCGCUGGCAGUGACAAAUUUGAAGAGAUCCUGCACGGUGGUUAUAGAUGCUGGGUAGUUGCAAAUUUGGCAGUAUUAUGUCCAACACAAACAUAAUGUUUGGUCAAAAUUUCAGGUCCUUAAUUGUUGCAAUCUGAAUAUUGGUCCGAAUUAGUCACAAUGAGUUGCAACACAUUUUGAUGCACACUUGAGUCUUGUUUGAUUGUUUGAUUGGAUUUUGCAUCCAUAAUGUUGAAAUUAAUUUUAUUGGAAUCAGCAGACCUCGCAACCUCUAAGGAUGCUUGCCACAGAUGCAGGCGAAACAUCAGGAGAGAAUGCUUCUAGAACAUGGCCAUAUAGCCCGAAAAACCUACAACAAUCCAUUUAGUUUCAAUUGUAUUAGACCUCAAGAAUGGCAUUUUGUUAAAUGUCAUGUACACAUUGACUGAGUACUGGUCAGAUAACACCUGACUGGUGCUACAGCUAAAAUUUGAACACAAUUAGASAAGAUGGUGGGAACUUUUAAAAWWUUUUYGACCACUUGACAUGGAAUGKCCCACUUCUGAAUUAGAGGCUUAAAAAAACCUCACCUUUUCCAGAAUGCAUAAACUUGGGCUUUUUUUUUUUUUAGKCCCUGGUGGCGCAGUGGGUUAAACCCCUGUGCUGGCAGGACUGAAGACCGAGGUCAGAGYUUCGAAUCUGGGGAGAGUGCAGYUGAGCUCCCUCUAUCAGCUCCAGCUCCUCAUGCGGGGACAUGAGAGAAGCCUCCCACAAGGAUGGUAACACAUCAAAACAUCCGGGCGUCCCCUGGGCAAUSUCCUAGCAGACGGCUGAUUCUCACACCAGAAGUGACUUGCAGUUUCUCAAGUCUCUCCUGACACGACCAAAAGAAAAAAAAAAAAAGAAAAGAAAAGCUGUACAUAAAUAUCCUGUGGUGGGAAUGUGUCUCCUUGAAAUGCAUAUAGAAAAAUARAUAAAAGACUCCCUGCACCAGAAAUUACAACAUGCUCGAAGCCAAUAUAAUAAUAAUUUUAUUUCUUACCUGCCUCCUCUCAAGACGGGUCACAGCACAGUAAAAUCACACAAACAUUGCAAAAAAUCUAUAAACACAAUUAUUAAAUUGCAGUUCUAUAAAUAUACAUAUAAAAUAUGCACUGCUUACCAUGUGGGUACAUGUAAGGUCAACAAAAUCCAACACAUUUCAUAGAAACUGAUACUAUUUCCUGUGGUCCAUACAAAACUGAGGUAAUGAGCAACAGCUCAACAAUGUUUUUUUAGUAUUGCGAAGCUUGGAGUUGCUACUAAUAUGUCGGAAAAGGUAGAUUUGGUGAAUUAUGUCUUCAAAUAGUAAGCUGUAUAUAAAAAAUGUAUGCAUUGUUAUUAACAUUCUCUUCUAUAUCAUGGAACCUGGUCUGGAUUAGAUUUUUUUUUAAUUGAAUUAAAAAGCUUGAUACACUAUUGCUAAAUUCCAAAUAUGCUAAAAUCAUUACUCUUCUUAAAUAAUUUGACAUUUUAGAAAAAAAAAUACCAGUAUUGUCAAAAGCUUUCAUGGCUGAAAUCACUGAGUACAGCCCAAAUACCAGUAUGUUUAUUUUUUUAUUCUUUUCCCUUGCCUCUAUAGCAUUGAGAAUUCAUUUGCAAAAUUAAGAUUUUUAAAAUGUAUUUUUUGUAAGAUAUGCAAGGCUGAAAACUCUUCCCUAGGACAAGGUAAACUGUUUCAACAAGUUCCUUGGAUCUUUUCAAUUUACACCCAGUGCUCUGUUUCUAUACUUAUAUAGCGCUUAUAUCUUAAAAACCAACUUCAACCCCAUUCUCACGAAUAGUAUAAAUGUUUGCUUAGAUGGAAUUAUGUAUUUGGAAGAAAAGUAUGUAUUGCUUUGAUGAGCCAUGACCAAAUUCCAUGUCAACAACAUAAAGUUGUCUAUCCAGAUUCUGUGUUUCUGCUUCUUGUGUCUACUAUGAAUGUUCUUGGGUUUGAUUAAAGGCGUUUGUCCAAAAUAAAUAAAUUUGUGAUCCUAGCA